ACUAUAGCGAUAUGUACGACAAUUGAACACGAAAAAAUUUAUCACUGAAGGAAAAAAUGAAAACACUCAGAAAACAUUUUUAAGUAGUUCUUUUAUCUUUCUUAUAGAUUGAUUAAGGAAACACUACGAUUUUGUAAAAUUGCCUUUUGCUGGAUAAAGGUGCAACACGCAAAACAAUCGACCUUUGUAUUCUCUGAGAGAAAUCUUGGUCAGGUAUUUUUGUUUUUCUAUUUGUUUUUCUAUUUAAAUUACUUUUAUUAUGGCAAGUACUUGUUAUACGAGUGGAAGACUUGGUUCCCGUGAUCAUUAGAAAUAGAAGACAAACAUAUUUCCCCAAAAGCAGGCAUUGUACAAGAUUGGAUUAUAAAACGAAUGGUAUAGGUUGUACAAAGAAGCAUGAGCAUGCUUUUAAUAGUAGUUUUUAUUUAUUAUUUAGUUGAUUUCCUUCGUUGGAUCUUCUGUUUUACGUCGUGAAAUUUUAAUAGAAUACCUGAACUCUUUAAGUCCUUUGGGAUCGCUAAGAAUUGAAUAUACAUAUUUUAUUAAUCACUACAAAAAAAUAAUAAUGAAAGAUACUUCUACGACAUAGUACUAGUGAUCCACAAUUGUUUUUCAUCCCCCCUCCAGAAGCAAACUUCUACCAACAACUAGAACGCUGGACAAGAAAAGAUGGGGGACAAUCCAUGGGUUCUUCAGGAACAAGUCCUGUUGCAACUUUCAGAAGUGAUAAAAAAUUCACUUUCUGAAGAUUCACAGACCCGAGCAGCUGCUUUGAAUUUACUUGAAAAAACCAAGGAUAUUCCUGACGUUAAUAAUUAUCUUGCCUGUAUCUUGAUUAACGGUGCCGAACUGAGCGUUCCAAUUCGUUCUGCUGCUGGUUUACUAUUGAAAAAUAACCUUCGUGUUUCAAAUAUUGAACUUGCGCACGGAUUACAAAGUCUGGAUUAUACAAAAUCUACAGUCGUACGCGGUUUAUGUGACUCUCAACCUUUGAUUCGUGGUAUAUCUGGUAACGUUAUUACUACGUUGAUUAGUCGAUGGGGGGUCAGUACAUGGCCCGAAGUUCUUCCGCAGUUAAUGGAUAUGCUUUCCGGUUCGACACCCAGUACCACUCAAGAAGGUGCUUUCAGUGCCCUCACAAAAAUCUGCGAAGAUUCUGCUCGUGAACUAGAUAGAGACUUUGACGGAACGCGUCCUCUCGAUUUUAUGAUUCCUCGUUUUAUUGAAUUAGCCCGCAACGAGAAUCCAAAGAUUCGUACUGAUGCUUUGUUUUGCCUCAACCAAUUCCUUCUAAUUCAAAGUCAGUCUCUCUACGCUCAUAUUGAUACUUUCCUCGAGACUUGUUACAGUUUGGCUACCGAUACUUCUCCAAACGUUCGCAAGAAUGUUUGUCAAGCUCUUGUCUACUUGCUGGAUGUUCGUCCCGACAAGAUUGCACCUUCCUUGGGUAGCAUUGUGGAGUAUAUGCUUUACUCGACUCAAGAUAUGGACCAGACUGUUGCUUUGGAGGCUUGUGAGUUUUGGUUGGCCAUUUCUGAACAACCAGAUCUCUGCUCUUCUUUGGGUCCGUAUCUUGAUAAAAUUGUCCCAAUGCUUCUUCGUGGUAUGGUUUACUCUGAUAUGGACCUUUUACUCCUUGGAAAUGAUGCCGAUGAUUACAAUGUCGAAGAUCGACUUGAAGAUAUCCGUCCUCAGCAUGCUAAGGGUAAGUCUCGUGUAACCAUGGAUACGGAAGGUCCUGCUGGCCGUCAAGGAGGUGCGAAUGACGAAUUUGAUGAACUUGAGGAGGAAGAUGAGGAUGACGACGAAUUUGAUGAUGACGAUGAAGACGCUGAUGCCUUCAUGGACUGGAAUUUAAGGAAAUGUUCAGCUGCAGCUCUCGAUGCGUUAUCCGCUUCCUGGAGCCAAAAGUUACUUGAGGUUAUUCUUCCUCAUUUGAAGGACAGUUUAAUGAGCUCUGACUGGAAGAUCCAGGAGGCUGGUGUGUUGGCCUUGGGUGCUAUUGCAGAAGGUUGCAUGGAUGGAAUGAUUCAAUAUUUGCCGGAGCUUUAUCCAUACUUGCUUUCCCUUUUGGAUAGCAAUAAGCCUUUGGUUCGUACGAUUACAUGUUGGACUCUUGGCCGUUAUUCGAGUUGGGCAACUUGCUUGGAUUCCGAGGUUGAUCGUCAAAAGUAUUUUAUUCCCCUUAUAGAAAAGUUGCUUAGAAUGGUUGUUGAUAACAAUAAAAAGGUUCAAGAAGCUGGUUGCUCUGCUUUUGCCAUCUUGGAGGAACAAGCCGGACAUACCUUGGUACCCUUUUUGGAACCUAUUUUAACCAACUUUGCUUUUGCCUUUCAAAAAUACCAAAGGAAAAAUUUACUCAUUUUAUACGAUGCUGUUCAAACACUUGCUGAUUAUGUUGGUCCAGUACUUAAUGAAAAGCGUUAUGUUGAACUCUUAAUGCCACCUUUGCUUCAAAAAUGGUCCACAAUUAGUGAAGAUGACCCAAAUAUUUUCCCAUUAUUAGAAUGUCUUUCAUCGGUAGCCGUGGCUCUUAAAGAAGGAUUUGCUCCUUUUGCAGCGGAGACAUAUGCUCGAACUUUCCGAAUGCUCCACAACACGCUAUAUUUGAUUGACGCUUCUCAAACUGACCCUUCGAUUGACGUUCCCGAUCGGGAUUUCUUGGUCACAACGUUGGAUUUGAUUAGCGGUAUCAUCCAAGCACUUGGAAGUCAAAUUGCACCUUUAAUUGCUCAAGCCGAUCCUCCUAUGGGACAAAUUAUUGGUGUUUGUGCUAAAGAUGAAGUUGCAGAAGUUCGUCAAUCGGCAUAUGCUUUACUAGGAGACAUGUGUAUGUUUUGUUUUGACCAAAUUCGUCCCUAUUGUGAUGCACUCUUACUAGACAUGUUGCCUCAAAUGCAAAUGCCGUUGUUGCACGUCAGUGCUUCUAACAAUGCCAUCUGGUCUGCUGGAGAAAUGGCUUUACAACUGGGUAAGGAUAUGCAACCAUGGGUAAAACCUCUACUGGAGCGUCUUAUAUGUAUUAUACAGUCUGGAAAAGCCAACAGCACAGUAUUGGAGAAUGUUGCCAUAACCAUUGGCAGAUUAGGCAUGUAUAAUCCUGAAUUAGUUGCUCCCCAUUUACAACUAUUUUACCAACCAUGGUUUGAAAUUAUCAAGACUAUCGGUGAAAAUGAAGAAAAAGAUUCCGCCUUUAGAGGGUUCUGCAAUAUACUGGCAUGUAACCCUCAAUCCUUAUCAUAUCUUCUUCCCAUGUUUGUUACAUGCGUUGCGGAAUAUGAGAAGCCUUCGAUGGAAUUGCAAGAUAUGUUCCAAAAGAUCUUGCAAGGAUCUAUUGAAAUGUUUAAUGGAAAAGCAGCAUGGCAAGCCUCGCCGGAUAUGAUGGCACAAAUUCAAUUACGUUACGGGGUAUAGAAAAGGAGCUGCAUAUAGGCCGCUAAAUGGUCAAGUAUACAUAAACAUUUGGGAAUAAGUAAUAAUUCAUUAUUUAAUGAUAGGAAUAAGGUAUAUUUGAAUUUUUUUGCAUAGUCAAUUCGCUCUAUGCGAGAAAGAGGACCACUAUGGUAAAUAGAGACUCUGAAAGAGGCCUCUUGUAAUUCUUAUUUACUAUGUAGGACAAUAGGUGGAGAUAAUAAAUAAAACACUUUUUUGUUUA